GUGGGCGUGGUUAGAGGCAAGGCUUCAUUCAAUGUGCUGAUGCUGCACAAGCUGACUGAACAUUUGAUGACAUCUUCCACCUUUAUUUUCACAUUCUUCUCUUUGUCGCUGGAUCUCAUGACUGACUGCCAAAUGGGCUUCACAGCAGAUGAGAAGAUGGAGCUGGAGAGCUUGAAGAUGUACAAGAAACACCUGCUGGACGACAUCCAGAAGCUCAAACUGGAGAUUGACAGCGUCAUGGCCGAAGUGCUCAGCUUUGAGUCGACCGAGGCCGAGGAAAGCAGAAGCAUGGAGAGGAAGCAGUUCUUCAACGGCAAGAAGAAGUUCAAUAUGGACCCCAAGAAGGGUAUAAAUUACCUGGUGGAUAACAGACUGUUAAGCAGAAGCGCGGGAUGCAUCGCAGAGUUCCUCUACAAGGAGGAAGGACUCAACAAGACCGCUAUUGGAGAGUUCUUAGGAGAAAGAGACGAGCUCCACCUACAGACCCUGAAGUCCUUCGUAGAACUUCAUGAGUUCUCAGACCUCAACCUGGUCCAAGCACUCAGACAGUUCCUGUGGAGCUUCCGUCUGCCCGGCGAGGCCCAGAAGAUUGACCGCAUGAUGGAAGCCUUCGCCAAGCGCUACUGCGAUUGCAACGUCAGCGUCUUCCAGUCCACAGACACGUGCUACAUCCUGUCCUUCGCCAUCAUCAUGUUGAACACCAGCCUGCACAACCCCAACGUGAAGGACAAGACCACGCUGGAACGCUUCGUCUCCAUGAACAGAGGCAUCAACAACGGCGAGGACCUCCCCCGCGACCUGCUCUUGAAACUAUACGAGAGCAUCCGCAACGAGCCGUUCAAAAUCCCGGAGGACGACGGGUUGGAUCUCACGCACACCUUCUUCAACCCAGACAGAGAAGGAUGGCUCCUAAAACUUGGAGGACGCGUGAAGACGUGGAAGAGACGAUGGUUCAUCCUGACCGACAGUUGUCUUUACUACUUUGAGUUCACCGCCGACAAGGAGCCCAGAGGCAUCAUCCCUCUGGAGAACCUCAGCGUGAGAGAAGUUCCUUUCCCCCGCAAGCCGUUCUGCCUGGAGCUCUACCGGCCCAACAGUCCAGGGCAGAAGAUCAAAGCGUGCAAGACAGAGACGGACGGGCGGGUGGUGGAAGGCAAGCAUCAGUCCUACGCCAUCUGUGCCGCCAGCGCCGAGGAGCGGGACUCCUGGAUCGCCGCCAUCAGGGCGAGCAUGACCAAGGACCCGUUCUACGACCUGGUGUCACAACGCAAAAAGAAGCUGAUCAAGCAGAACCAGAACCAACAGGACUGAACUGGAGCUCUGCUACUGUACAUUUAACUGUAAGUGUGUGUGUGUUUUUGUACUUCAACCCUUCUUGAGACAUCGACAAGGAAAAGUAGCUUCCAUAUGAGGAGGUGUGAACAAGUUAGGACAUAAACCAUGGUCCCGAUACGGAAAACCAUUGCAUCUAAUAGAGAAUGUCUCAUUUGCACCCCAUGGUGGUGAAAUCUAUCAAAACGUGUCAGUUUUAAAAGUGCUCCUCUUCUGGUCAACAUAUGAAAUAACAAGUGUGUGUAAAAAUUUGAAGUGCUCCCCCCUCUGGCCAACAUAUGUAAUAACAAGUGUGUGUAGGAAAUUGAAAUGCGCCCCCUUUGGUCAAAUUGAAGGAAAUAUGUACAUAGAGACAUGCUGUAAUAACUUGAAGUAAAUAAUGAAGAUUAAAAACCAAUUACAAACAAAAAUAAAUACAAAAAUAACUUUUUUUAAAUAUUUGCAUAGUUUGUAUAUAUUAUUAUUGUUGUAAAUACAUUUUUUUAUAUAUGUAGAAAAGGCUGGUUGUAAAGAGGUAGGCAUUUUUCUGAGGUCCCCAGAAGGUCGGAACUACAAGAAAGUGUGUGUGAGGACACAGCGAGUCCUUUAAGCUCAGAAGAAAGCAAGUCAGCGACAUUUUUAAAGACUUUUAAAGAACAGACAAGAAAAAAAAUGGACUCUGAUCCUCGCUUGAAAGAAAAAAAAAAAAAAUCUGAUUCCUGACUUCCCCUUCCUCGCCAGCAGCAGCUUGACUUCUGCUUUCGUUUGCACAAUAAAAUCUUGUUCUUGCUGAAAUAAAAAUAGAAAGGGACAAAUAUAAUUGUGUACAUUACUUCCUGCGUGGAGGCUUUAAUAUUAUUGUCUUUUCAUUUUGUUAAAUGCUGCAGGGAAUGUUGAAAGUGUUAUUUCAGCGGUAGCUCUUUCAAAAUAAAGGUCCGCUGAUGACAUGUUUUGUUUAGCAAAUAA